GCGCCGCGGCGGCGGAGGGCGGGGAGGGCGCGUGGAGCCGCGGACACGCACACGGACACGCACACGGACACGGACACGGACACGCACAGGGACACGCACACGGACACGCACACGCAGCGCGGCCCCGCAGCGCGGCUCUGCGGCCAAACCCCGCCAACAAAGACCCCUCCGCCCCCCUCGCCGCCGCCCCCCGCGGGAUGUAGCCGGGCCGGGAGCCCCAGCGAGGCAGCGGCCCCGCCGCUCCGUGCCCCGCAGCGAGGCCGGGAGGCGGCGGGCUCAGAGGCGCUGCCGCCACCAUGGGCAAAUCCAACAGCAAGUUGAAGCCUGAAGUUGUGGAAGAGCUGACCAGGAAAACGUACUUCACAGAGAAGGAGGUGCAGCAGUGGUACAAGGGCUUUAUCAAGGACUGUCCCAGCGGGCAGCUCGAUGCCGCCGGCUUCCAGAAGAUCUAUAAGCAGUUCUUCCCCUUCGGUGACCCAACCAAAUUUGCCACCUUUGUUUUCAAUGUCUUCGAUGAGAACAAAGAUGGGAGGAUCGAGUUUUCGGAGUUCAUCCAGGCGCUGUCGGUCACCUCCCGGGGGACGCUGGACGAGAAGCUGAGGUGGGCGUUUAAGCUGUACGACUUGGACAACGACGGAUACAUCACGAGGAACGAGAUGCUGGACAUUGUGGAUGCCAUUUAUCAGAUGGUGGGGAACACAGUGGAGCUUCCUGAGGAGGAGAACACACCAGAGAAGAGGGUGGAUCGGAUUUUUGCCAUGAUGGACAAGAAUGCAGACGGGAAGCUGACGCUGCAGGAGUUCCAGGAGGGCUCCAAGGCCGACCCCUCCAUCGUGCAGGCGCUCUCCCUCUACGAUGGGCUCGUAUAGUCCCGGGGCCGAGCGGCGAUGCCUGGGGGAAGAUGCUCUCCGUGCCAUCCGACCACCGCCGUGCGAAGCUUGCCUGUCCCUCCCGGCCUUCCUUUCUGCCCUGCGAGCAAGGAGUGCCCUCAAAGCGCGAGCUCACUCCCCUCUCUGCACUCUGAACCAGCCGCUGCCAUUCGCCAAAUUCCGCUUUUUCCAAACAAUCCCCGCGCCAGACCCCGGUCUGAGCGGCAGCGAACGUCCAAGACCUCAGGGCCGGGGGACGGGCGGAGCAUGGCCGCAGGCAGAGCCCCCUUCGGCCUCCUGGCCCCCUUGGCUCCCUUUUUCCUACAUUUCCGGAUGGGACUGCGGAUGCGCCGGCGGGGUCCUCUCGGGAGCGGCCGGAGAGGAGCCCAAAGGUAGCGGGGCUGCAGCCCCGGGGUGUGCCCGUGCCCGGGGAGCCGAGGCACCGACGGCGAUUGGGAACAGAGUCCUGGCGUCACCCACGAUGCCGCUGGCAGCCUGGCUCGGCUCACUAGGGAUAUAUAUAUUAUUUUUUUUUUUUUUUCUGGUGAGACAGUAUUGUGCUUUUUGGUUUGGUUUUGUUUUGUUGGUUUUUAUUUUUUUUAAUUUUUCCCUUCGGUGGAAAAAAGUGAGGCUUUUUUUUUUAUAUGCCUAUCUCGACGAUCGAUAUCCUUAUUUAUUUGUUGUAAAUGUUGCUGCUGUGUUUUGUCUCUCGUGUGUGUGUCCACCCACCCAGGUGAGGAUUUGUAAGGUUUACAUGCUCGUACACUAUUGCGGGGACCCGGGAGCCUGCAAUAACAAUGAAGCCAAAAAUCUGCCUUCCCCCCUCUCCUCCCACCCCUCGUAUCCCAAGCUCCGUGGGCUGGCUGCUGUUUGGAGGGGAUGCUGUAGCUUCUUUUCCUCUCCCUGUUCCCGUGUUCCCUGCAUUUUUCUGUUCACUCUUCCCUCUGGGAGCUCAGUGAGGGUUCACUCAGCCCAGACUCUGAGCAGACCAAGCUCCAUCCCUCCAUCGGGCAGGGUGAGCAAACUGCUGGGCACCAGAACAUCCCUAUUUCCUUCCUUUUAUUCAUUUUCUCACUGCAUGACAAAGUAUUAAUGGAGCCCAGAGUCGGGUUCUGCUUUCAAGCAGAUUCCUUUGCUAUGUUCAGCUUUGCGAGCGGUGGGAAGGGUUUGGUGGUGGCUGUGAACCAUCCUGUGUGCUGCAGGGGCAGAGGGGCAGCCUUGCUCCAUCCCCCCAUCCCAGCUGGGACAAGGUGCCAGGGGAGUGCCAGGCUGGGCUGAGCCCAGCUCAGGGUGUCUCCUUACCCCAGCACUCCCACAGAACGUGGGAGGUUUUGCUGUGGCUCCAAGCAGAGCCGCUUGCACCCACCUUGGAGGAGGCAAAGGGCUGGGAAUUUACACCUGGGGACACUGAGCUGCGGCCCCCCCAUCGUGAGCAGGGCCUGCAUGGCCUCUCCAAACUCCAUCAGCACCCAGCACCCCUCUGGGAUGUGCCCCCAGCUCAGCCCCACCGUGGGACACAGUUGGCAUCUCUGCUGGAGAAUGAGCAUUGCUUGGGUGAUGCCUCAGCUGCUCUGGGAAAGGAGAGAUGUGCAUUCCCUCAGGAGCAGAGUGCAAGAAGCCUUUGGGAUCCCUAAAGCCACCCUGGGGCCUCUCCUUUCCAUCUCUGGCCCAGCUGAUGGUAGCAGCAUCUCUACACCCAGCUGUCCCCCAGCUCCUGUGGCUGAGGCCAGACAGAGGACUGUCCCCGUGGCAGGGAGAC